AUGUCGUACGAGGAAAUCCCUCCGGACGUCGUGUCGCCCCAUGAUGCGACACAGACAAUCCAGCAGACGCUCAAGUGCAAAGACACAGUGAUAGCAUUGUACGACUUUCCUGGCACCCAGCCAUCCCACCUUCCCUUGGACCUCGGAGACACCGUUUAUGUUCUAGCUAAGAGUGACAGCGGCUGGUGGGACGGCGUGUUAAUUGCCGACGGUGAGAUGCUGCGAGGCUGGUUCCCGCAUAACUACGUUCGACUGGUGAAUUAUGUUCAGCCGGUGUUGAAUAAACUAAAGCUGAAUAAGGAAAUCGACUCCAUAACGGCUGCCAACACAGCCGCCAACGUGCUAAUACCGUCCUUUACAAGCCUUUUGCAACGGUCGCUCGUGGACCUGGGCAAGAACAGCCCGGCAAGCAACACACGUAAGAAUUCCGUGGUGUCUUUUGCCAGUCUGGAAACCAGCAUAUCGGACCAGAGACUGCGGUCGAACCCGGCGCUUUCAAACCAUACUCCUUCACCUUCUUCAGAAGCCACCGAGGGUGCAUCUCCGGCACCAGCUGCCCAUCAGCCCUCCUUCGCCUCCACGUUAUCGUCUCAUUCGGAGGAUAUGCCUGUUGCCCAGGAUACCCCCAUCAAGUUCAUACCCGUGGAGGAGGCCGAGCGUUUGACUCUCGAGGUUAAACAGACUGAAGGCAAGAACCUUGUGUGGACCGCACGUGGUACCACUACGGGUGACGUUGCCUUCUAUUCUGAGCAGUUGGAGGUGUAUUGCGAAACGCUACCGUUGGUGCCGCUUAUGCCCCAAGUUGACUUCAAUGGAGGCAACUUGCUGCUUCCAACACGCGAAGCGCUUGAUAACAUCACACCGGUGAAUGUGGUGAGAGACGACAAGGCGGAGGAUGAUCCCCACGGCCGGUCGAAUUCUAGUGUGAAGGGAUUCGAUAUGAAGAGAGAUUCCAAUGCAUCUUCAAUGUCCACCACGAGCUCUGUGUCAUCGUAUCAUCACUUCCUGCAACCAUUCUUUGCCACCAGCGGGUUGUUUUACAACUCAUUUGAUGAUAUCAACAAGUGGACAGAGCUCAAGGACCAUUUUAACUAUCUUCUCGAUUUGACCCACAAGGCAUUGAAGGAUUCCAACAAGCAACUAUUCUCCAUGCACCUCUCACAGCUUACCAAGGUGGUUUCGAUCGUCUUGGCCGGGGCAAGACUAGUUCACCAUGACUUCGCUGACUCCAAAUAUGAAGGCUCCAUCAGAAGAAAGCUCAAGCGUAUUACAAAUGGCUUUUCCCAAUUAUACAUCAAUGGCCUACUACAUCUCAGCGUCAUGCACUAUUCUGUCGCUGCAUCAAAUGCAGAGCUCUUCAGUUUAGAUAUCCGCAGCCUCAACCGAUCCACAGGUCCUACCCCACAAGCAUCUACAGUGCUGCCAUCAGAGUCCAUAAGCUCUUCUAUUACAGGCCCCAACACUAGAGGUCUGACUGAUGAUCUGGCCUCCCAUGACUCCGUUGAGUCUUACCUUCUGCAGAUCGACCAUGAGGUUGACGCUGUGAGAUCCAACAUGAAUGGUCUCAUCAAAAUCUUCCUUCGUCUUAGUAAGGGCAAAAGAGUGACAAUCAAGGAUUAUGAUAGCUCUGAUGCUUCAGAAGACGAGGGAGAGGAUCGCUUCAAUGUGCUUCCACAAGUCUACCCUCGCUUUCUUGCUGACGAAUUCAAUGGCGGAAACUGGUGCAACCCGUUCUUUACAAACACCAAGCCUUAUCUCAACUUGAGUGGUGAACACUUGAAAAACAGAUAUCAUCUCAAAGUGAUCAUCGACAAUGCAGGAUACGAACGGGUCAAACUGUCUGCUACUGAGAUUGUCAAGAUUAGUUCGGAAACAUUGAACUACUUGGGACCAGACAACCAAGAGAAGUACUACAACGAGCAGCUCCGUAACGGGCGUAAUGAGCAGAUAUUGCGUUUCAUCUACAAGUACUUGCAUCAUGCCAGCUCCAUGCUUGAUUUGCUAGAAUCCUUUGAUUUCACAGUCUUUUGUCUCAUCAAAAGGUCUUCCUCUGGUGAUAGCUUGGGAAGUAAUGAGGAACUUAAGUACGGGGAUCAAACUGAUGAUAACACCACUGGAAACCUUACAUUCGACUAUCCCGUUGUCCUUGAGUAUUUCAAGGCUAAGCAGUUCUUUCACACUUUGGUGUCAAAGGUUAUCAUGUAUUCGCAAUCAUUGACCUUGGAUGACCCUGAUGUCUUCACGGCUAUGAAAGAGGAUGACCCAAUCCUUUACAAUAGAGAGACUAUAAAAGAUCCACUUGAGAGAUCUGCCAUGGUUUUGAGCAACAUUUUAAUGCAGCAGAACAAAAUGAAGGCUCCAGACGCAAUUACCCUUGACAAGGAUGAAGUGGUGUCCGAUUUGCUUCUAGAAGGAAUCGACUUCUGUGAGCAUAUCACAGCGCUUGUGCAACAGCUAGUCGAAGAACGUGAGACAAUCUUGAACUACGCCACAAGAGUUAUGCAUGAUGACUUCAACGUCCAGCUACUUGUGAUUGAGAGAAACAACACCGCUGCCAGCGAGAAGAACGAGGAUAGCGGUGCACAGUAUUACAGCAGCAAAAAAGGCGACGAAGACACGCCAUGGUAUUUGGAAGGCGAUGAAGAAGGUGACUUGUUACUUGAUAUCAAGGGUAAUAUCAAGGGAGGAACAAAAGAAGCUCUUGUCGCUCACUUAACCAGACAUGGGUCUCUUGACAGCGGCUUCAUCUCUGUAUUCUUGAUAACGUUUGCCACAAUGAUGUCUAUCGGUGAAUUCAUUCAGACUCUUAUCAACAGAUUCAAUAUGGAUGCUCCUGAAGGGUUAAGCUAUGAAGAAUACUUGUCAUGGAAAUCGUUGAAGCAGAGCAAAGUACGCGCAAAGGUCUUGGACAUCAUGAAAUUACUUAUUGACGUCCACUGGUGUGACUCCUUUUACAGCAUUACAGUGUUGCAACGUUGGUUGGCAUUCGCCCAGUUGCCCACUGUGAAGCGCUUUCCGGUCUCUGAAAAGAUUUCUGAGGGUAUUGAAAAGAUCCUCCGCGGGGAGCCAACCACCAAGAGGCACGAGUCCGCCGUGGUUCUUGGGAAGCCUCCAGCUCCCAUUCUCAAAGGAUUCUCUAUCAAAAAAUUGAAGCUUCAAGAUAUCGACUACAUUGAGUUUGCCAGACAAAUUACUAUCCGAGAGUUCCUGUUGUUCUGCCAGAUCAAUAAACUUGCUUGUAUCAACAAGGUUUGGGGCAAGAAGUCAGGUCUACAGGAAAGCAUAGAGCCUAUUACAAACUUCAUCAAAGCAUCAAACCAGUUGACAAAUUUUGUGGCGUACAUGAUCUUGAGGAAGGAAGACGCAAAGAAAAGAGUCAGGUCAAUCCGCUACUUUGUUCAAGUUGCAGAGAAGUGUCGCCAAUAUAACAACUUCUCGUCGAUGACAGCUAUCAUCUCGGCCCUCUACUCAUCACCCAUUCAUCGUCUUAAAAAGACAUGGGCGUUUGUUUCUCGUGACAUCUUGACCCAGCUUCAUAACAUGAACCGACUUAUGAACUCGACGAGAAAUUUCAAUGAGUAUAGAGAUGUUCUCAAGUUCAUUGGGUCUGAGCCAUGUGUUCCGUUCUUCGGAGUGUACUUGAGUGAUCUCACCUUCAUUUACCACGGAAACCCACAACACUUGUUGAAUCGUACUCGUAUGAUCAAUUUUGCGAAAAGAGCAAAGACGGUUGAGAUUGUUGAGGGAAUUGACAGAUUCCAGAAGAUUGCUUACAAUUUCCAAAGCGUUGGUGAGAUUCAGAAGUAUCUCGAUCUAUGGUUCGACAAGUGUCCUUCCAUCGAGGAACAAUAUCAAUUGUCCUUGAACCUUGAGCCACGUGAGGUGAUCGACCGGAAAGUUUCGAAGAAGAAAACCGGAAAAGACGAAAGUCAGCAGCCUCGGCUGGCGGUCAAUGUGAACAUUUGGGGCCUUAAACAGCUCAAGAAUGGAUCCAAUAUCUUGAACACGAAGACCCCAGACUCCCAAGACCUUCUACAACCAGAAGACGACAACGAAUCCAAAAAUGGCAGUCAAACCCAAUUGGCUCAAGAAGGUCAAUCCGAAGAUACAGCAGCACAGACAGCUCCCCCAAUUGCAACCUCAGGACCUUUGAAAGACAUAGACAUGGAGCAGUUACCUCAGCUUGUUAGGGCCAAACUAAAGAAGUUCGUCAAAUAUGAAGAGAAAUAUCCUGUCUUGCUUGAUGCUUAUAAAACUGAAAAGCGUAAGGGUGAAUUGGUUCUGGCGUUUGAGAAGGUGCUCAAGGAGUUCACCCCAGUUUCCCUGAUCGCAGACGCCGGAGAGCUUGUGGAGUACUUGAAAAGCAUACACGAUAAGACCGGUAUAACGGAGCAGGAGCUUAGGAAGAAGACGGCAGAGGUGACUCAAUUGACAAGACGCCUAGCUGAUGCUGACAAGACUGUGAGAUACACAGAGGAAGCGCUUGACAAGGCCCUGAAAGUUAAGGACAGUUUAUCAUCAGAGGUUGAUUCUCUCAGGCUGGAUCUCCUGAAUGCAACUCGUGAGGCUACUCCACAGGCAUCGGAAGGGAACGCUGAGCUUCAGAAGUCUAUCGAUGCACUCAAGGAACAACUUGGGUCAGCUCAAACUACCUUGGAGGAUGCCACGGAAGAAAAGGAAAGACUCACAAAGGAUUUAGAAAAGUCGAACACUGAGUUGAGCUCGGUGCAAAAGGAGUUGGAUUCGUUAAAGAACGAUGGUGAUAGCAUAUCUGGACAAUUGAAAGAUCUGCAGCUUAAGCAUGAGACAUUGACUAAGGAACUCGAGUCAAUUAAACAUGAAAAGGAUACUCUUCAGAGCAAUUACAAAUCAUUGGAAGGAGAAAAGAGUACCCUUCAAGCGAGAGUUUCCGAUUUGGAGAGCAAGAUCGCAGACACGGAAAAGCAAAUUGAGGAGAUUCAGAAGGAAAGAGAUGAGGCUCAAGCUAAAUCGGUUCAAGCGUCCAAAGCAGAACCAGAGACGCAAUCUCAGCCCCGCUCUACUGGAAAUAAAAAGAAGAAGAAUAAGAAGGCCAAGGCACAGUCCGCUUCUCCAGCACCAGAACCAGAGACACCUGACGCAAAUAGUGGUGCUUCUGAGUUCAAGGCAAAGUUUGAGGAGCUCACUCAGAAGUAUGAUGAUCUCGUUGCAGAGAAAGAGUCACUCGCAUCAGAACUCAGAGAAUCAAAGAAGAUGGUCGAGUCAAAGAAAGAGGAGAUUGAGUCGUUGAACGAUAUGUUAAGAGAAACAGGCAAUGACUUGGUCGCCGCAAAAGAUGAGAUUAAGCAAUUAAAGCUGGAUUCGCCCUCGAAAGAAGAACAUGAGAAGUACAAUCAGCUCGAGAGGCAAGUGGAAGAAUCGUCGAAGGAACUUGAGAAAAUCAGACGUGAGUCAGAAGAGAAAUCUGAAAAGUUGAAGGCCGAGCAUGCUGAGCAAGUUGAAAAGAUAAGGCAAGAAGCUAUUGAGAGCCUGCAGCAGUCAUCAAAAGAAGAGAUCGAAGCACUCAAAUCAAGCUCCGAGAAGGCGUCUGGCAUAAUUAAGGAUUUGAAGGGACAAGUCUCAAGAGCUAACAAAGAUCUCGAGAAAUCCAAGAAAGAAAUAGAGAGCUUAAACCAGGAGAAGGCCAAAUUGAAUCAGCGUAUCGAUGAGCUCGCUAAGGCUAAAAGCGUCGAUUCAUCGUUGAAGCUUGAGAUUGCGUCAUUGCAGUCGUCUGUGUCGCAUAAGGAUGAGCUUAUCAAGGAGUUCAGAGAAGAGUCAGAAAAGAGAGCAAAAGAGAGAGACACGUUGAAAGCAACAAUUUCCCAGCUCGAAAACUCUAAUUCUAGUUUGCAAGGUAGCAACAAGUCGCUUGUUCAAGAAAAGUCGGAUCUUAUCAACAAGCAGGAGGUCACGAACCAACGCAUCAGCUCCCUAAACGCAGAACUUUCCAAACUUCAAGUUAGCAGACAUGAAGUAGUCAGCGAACUUGACGAGCUAAAAACAAAGUUCGACACGAUGGUGAAGACAAAGGCCAACUCAUCCGAUGAAGUUCAGUCAUACAAGCAGCAAUAUGAAGAGCUUAGUAUGAAAUCCAAGGAGGCUCAAAACAGAAUUGACACCUUGGAGGAUGAGCUUUCUGAGGCCAAACUGAUGUUACAAGAGAGAACUCGUGAGUCAUCUACCAUAAGAAAGCUUCUCCUCGAGGCUGAAGAACGCAAUAACAUUGAGUGUGCUAAUCUCAAGAACGAUAUUAGAUCCAUCAAUAACGAGAAGUCGGAGCUUGAGUCCUCUCUCCAGGGUGUGCUCAAACAAAGACAGCGUGAAAUCGAUGAGUUGAAGUCGUCAUUGUCGGAGUCCGCCAACAAAAUCAAGGAGUUGACAAGCCAGAUUGAGGGCCUUAAGAAGAAGUACGAGCCUUUACUCAAUGAGAGUGCAAUCCCUCCAGAGGCAGCAAAGAAGACGAAGGAUUUGGAAAACACAAUCGAGGAGUUACGAAGCUCCCUUCAGUCUUCCAGUGCCAAGGUCAAAGAGUACGAAAACAUGAAUCGCACGCUCAAGAAGUUGAACGAGGAAUCUUCUCUCAAGGUUGAACGUCUCCUGCAAAAUUACAAGCACGUCACACAGCAGUACCGCCAAAUGCAAAGUACAAAAGCUACUCCUCCCGAAUCCACCAGAAGCUCUUCCGAACUGCCUGCCGCUAAGUCUACUCCAGAUAAGGAUACGAACACUGCUUACCUCAAGAAUGUUCUUUUCGGCUUCUUCGAACACAAGGACCAGCGUGAGCAGCUUUUGCCAGUGGUGAAGACACUUUUCCAACUCGAUGAUUCUGAUGAAGCAAAACUCAUGAACGCAUUGAAAUAA